AUGAAAGGUUUGUCACCUUUCCCUUCUUCCGAUAAUACAAGAUGUUUUGCAGAAAUUCCUGGCGGCCCCAUAAUGGGCAUACUCUUGACGUUCACAAUCAUGAUUCUUCUUCUGGAUUCUGUCGUGGACGCCGGACCGAAAGUGCACUCCAAAGAACAUUUCAAACGGAGACUCGGAGGCGACGAGAAUUCAACCGGGAACGGAACCGUUGGUGAGCAAAAAUAGAAAAGAACGUUUUGAGGUUUCGUCUUGCAGAUCAUUUUCCGGAUCUUUUUCAUGUGAAGAAUAUGAUAGCCCCUAAAGGAACAUCAGCUCAGCUCAAGCCGAAUGCGAACCAAUCUGGAAAUACCAGUCCCAAAAGCAUUACCGUCAAAGGACCCGGUAACAACAAACUGGCCACAAGCUAUAAAAACGAUACGAAUUUUUCAGGAAGAUCUGAUCCAUCACAACGAAUGUCCGCACAAACGACGGUUACAGGUAACUAGAUUUUGAAAAAUUUCGAUUCACUUAUUGAGUACACUUUCAGUACCACCCACAACUCCGUCAAAAACAACGUCACCUCCGUCCACGACAAGACCAACAACUACAAAAAAACAAGCAACUCAACCUGCUCCUACUCCAUCCACAACCACAACCAAAACAACCAGAGCAAGCACUACUACUACUACUACACCUCCUACUACUACUACCACUACUACUCCUGCUACUACUACUACUACUACUACUACUACUACUACUACUACUACUCCUCCUACUACCACUACCACUACUACUACCACUACUACUACCACUAAAGCUCCAAGCACUACUAAAGCUCCAAGCACUACUCUUGCGCCUUCUACUACGAUUCCCUCUACUAUUACUAUUCCUUCUACUGCUGCUCCUACCCCAGCUCCUACUCCUACUCCAGCUCCUUCUACUUCUUCUUCUCCUGCUGAUCCACCGACUCAAUCACCAGCCACAGCACCAAGUGCCGCACCAAUAAUCCAACCAACUCCAACUUUGAAAUCGAAAUCGGUGCCGACGACGACCGUCAGAUCGAGUGACGAGGAUGAUAGUGAAAGAACGAGGACCGAUCAGCAGCAGUUUGCGGGCGAAUUGACGUGUCGGGUGAGCAGAGAGACCGAAAUUGACGUCUAGUUUCACAGUUUUGCAGAAAGAAGACGAGUCGACCAAACAGGCGUGUUCCGGAAUUUGUGAUGUGAUCAAAGUGGGAGCGAAAAAAGCAUCUGGAGGAUGGAGUACACUGCAUACAAUCCUUCUUAUUACACUCAUCGCCUUCAUGAUCGUUAACAUUGUUAUGUUUGUCAUUCUUUUGUCCAAAAAAGGAAAAGAGAAGCAGGAGCAGAAAGUGGCGGCGGCGACGGCGGCCAGGACUCCGAAGAUCGAUCCGAUGAAGGAAAACAACAUUCCAGAAGUGAACGACCCGCAAAAAGUGAGUGCCUUCGCCUCUUUCAUCUCAACCCUCUCCGCUUGCAGAUCGACGAGAAGCAGCCGGGCGAAGAGAUCAAUGUGGAAAAAGAGCCGCCGUCGGUCAAAACCGGUCAGUAUAAAGAUAAGCUACUGGAAACUCAGGACAACCUGAACAAACUGAGAAAUCAUGUCAAGAAAACGCAACAGCAGCACAAGUCGGACAUUCGUUCGAGCAAGUUUGUGAAGAAAGGACCAAUAUACAUUCCGAUGGAGCCCGAUGUGAGUAUAAGUACUCGGAGGCCUAGUUUCUGUUGCUGUUUGAGUUAUAAUUAGCCAGACUAAAAUUGCAAAAAGGUUUUGUAGCGAGCUAAGCUUUAGAGUUCUUUCACAAGUUUUCCAGACAAAAUAAAGCCAAAGCUUGUAGGACAAAACAUUAUAUUCCCCUGAGAAGAUUAGCCAGAACAAUUGGGCCUCCGAUUCCAAAACAGAGCCGAACUUUCCACAUUCCACACUCUAAAUACUGCAGAUUCCUCCGCCAGCGAACCUGCCGAAUAACAUCGUUCUGACGCAAGUGACGUACGAUCCAUCGGGCAAUGAGAUCUACGAUAUCGGGUCCGACGUCGACGACAUUGAGAUGGACUCGAGCCUGAGCAUUGACGGGCCAACGUUGACCGAGGAGGAGAAGACGAACAACCAGAAGAGCAGAAAGGCGCCGACGCAGAGCAACAAGAAGAAGGACGCGACAAAGUCCCCGAAUCUGACGCUCGACCAGAAAAGUCCGAAGACGAAGACGAAGAGCCAGAAGAUCACGAAGUCGGCGAAGAAGCAGUAG